CACUGAAAGAGGGAGGCAGCUGUUUCCUAUACCUCUACAACCCACAGCGCAGCACAGGCAAUGGAUAUAUAAACCCAAAAGACCCCCCCACAUCUGUCUCUCUCUCUUUCUCUCUUCAUUUUUUUCCUCGCCAUGGAUAUCUCCUCCAAUGCAUCCGUUUCCGGCGGACCACCGGCGGGUCCCCUGUUGGGCGAGUUCGUGCCCGGAGAAACCACGGAAGGAGAAGAGGAUGUGAGCCUAGAAUGGCUCUCCAUCUAUGUGGAGGACUGCCUCUCAGGCACCACAAGCUACACCUCCCAACCCCUCCCACCUCCCACCACCAUAAGCCAUGACACUCCACCCCCAAAGCCCCCCACCAAAACCUCCUCCUUCCGGGACCUUGCCAUCCCGGCCAAGGCCAGAAGCAAGAGACGGAGAGUCACCACCCCAAAAGAGCUCACCUCUCAAGACCCACUUCUCUUCCACCAGACCUGCUGGCUUGCAGACAGCGAGCUCAUCCUCCCUAAAAAGGAGCAAGAGGACAAGGCACCAGCGGUGGAGUUAUUGGUGGGUGGAGGAGGUGAGGCAGGGGAAAAGAUGGGAAAAGAGCAGCAGCAGAUCCGGAGGUGCACCCACUGCCUCUCCCACAAGACGCCCCAGUGGAGGGCAGGGCCCUUGGGGCCCAAGACCCUCUGCAAUGCGUGUGGGGUGAGGUUCAAGUCCGGGAGGUUGCUUCCUGAGUACAGGCCGGCAAAGAGCCCCACUUUUGUGAGCUACAAGCACUCCAACUCACACAAGAAGGUCAUGGAGAUGAGAAUGAUGGCCAUACUCUCCUCCCAAUCCAAUUGAGUUUGUACGUUUAAGCUUGUGGUGCAAAGGAAAAAAACAAAAAGAGCAAAGGUAGAAGGUUACUGCCAACUUGUAUUGUAGUGUUCUGCUCCUUUGAAAACUUUCGGUUUUAUUAAGAUUAUAUUGGUAGUUUCUAUGUAGCUUUCACCGCUAGUCCUUCUUUUCUUUGCGCAUUCUUUUCUUAAUUUUGAAUUUUGGGUUGUAUAUUGCUGUCAUGGGAAUUGGUGUUGGAGAAAUUGGAAUGUAAGUGCUUUUUAGCUUUCUUGACUGAACAAGGACAAAAUCACUGACUUUCCUCUGGAUUGUCUAUUAUUUCAUCAAA